AUGAAUCCUGAUACUGAAAGACCCGAAUCCCCGUCUUUCGACGAGGGGGGUUCUAACAAUGACAUAUGCACUCGCCUGAACGAUAUCGCCGGUCCACACUACACAUCCAUCUGUACCCUUCAAUCCCUCGAACGACUAAAAGAUCUCUACCAGAUUCUGCCUGAGAUUAUGGCGGAAUCAGAGAUGCAUGGCCCCUUUGAGUCCCCGGAAGACCCUCGCCCUGGUUAUUUAUGCGUUUACAAGAUCUAUUUCAAGGGCUGCGGGUUGACCUUCCCUCUUCCCAAGGCCUUGGUCUGUUACUUAGAUGCUCUUAUAAUUGCUCUACCCCAACUAACCCCCAACCUCCUCCGAACUAUCUUUGGGAUCAUAACUAUUGCGGCGGAAGCCGGAUUCGUUAUCGGGGUCCCUGAACUGAACGAGCUUCUCACCAUGAGAAGUUCAUCAAAGAAAAAUGGAUCAACUCCAUGUCCUGAACGUCGUGGUGGCUGUUCGCCUCGGAGAAACUUAUCUCCCCAUCGCAACUCUCCUCGUUACUCUCCCCGAAAUAGACUGAGUAGCAAACCAGUUGCUGACUUAAUUCGCAAGAAGAGAGACAGAUCAGCCCGAGGUAACUCUUCCCCACGGAGAGAGAAAUCAAAGGCUCGGACAGACCGUUCCCCUAGGUUAUCUCUUCCACCUCGAUCGAUGGGUCCUCCCCUUCCUGUGGUCACAUCUCCCCCUCCUCGACUUAGUGGCGAGAAGACUGACCGAGGUGUGACUCCUCGACAGGAAGCUAUGGAAACAGAGGGUAACGUUUUCCGAUGUUUCAAGACCCAAAAGGACGCGAUCUUGCCGAACUUUGAUAGAUGGCGUCCUACAAUCCACAAACGCUUUUUACUUCAUGCCUACCAUUCAUCUCAGGGCAAGUUUUCUUCCCUUGAGGCUGACCUCCGCUCCCUUUCUGAUUCCAAACAAAAGUUGGAGGAUCAAGUUGACCUUUUCUCUACCGAACUCAAGAAAUCAAACGCCGAAUUGCAAGAUCAGUAUCGCAGACAUGACAAACUCCAAGAUGAACUCUCAGUUGCCCGAGGCAGGCUUUCUGAAUCCAAAUCGGCCGCCUACACCUUGAACAACCAGUUCACCAAACUCGAGGCGAAGUACAAAGCCAUCACCAAACUUCGAGAUGCUGAGUUGGCUAAGUCAGCGGCUAAAGCCAGAAAUGAGGUGAAGGGUCGCGGGAUGGAGUUGAUUCAAGGGGCCAUUCUUUUCAUUCAAACCGAGCAGGCACGUUCAGAACUAGAAUCUGAUAUCAAGGAGCAUGAAAGCAACCUACUCUUACUAGACCAAAUCCACAAAGAUGAUUUCUCUGAGGAGCAAGAAAGGUCCGAUUUGAAAGCCGUUCUAUACGAGAAACGUAUUCGCCUUGCUGCUCUUCCCGCUUCAUCCUUCAACCCUCAGCACUUCGAGGAGUUCUUUACCCAAUCACCCCCCUUGGGUGAAUCGGGUUUAAAUUGGGCUGGAUCAAGUGAGCCCGUUGAUACUGCCGCACCCGAGGUGCCUGCUACAUCGAUAGGGAUUGUUGAACCUGAUCCUGCUUUGCCUUAA